AUGGCGAUUGCGAUUGCGAAAUCGGAGGCAACACUCACGGCGGCGGAAGCCAAAAUCUUCUCCCAGGGCGAGGGCCGUCUGGUCAAUCCUAGUGGAGUUCAUCUACAGAGGGAGGAUAUCCCUGCUGCAACUUGGAUAACUAAGGAAAAUUUCCAAAAUCUUUUUGGAAAUCUUCGAAAAUCCUGGGAAAAUAUAUUGUUUUCCAAAAAAUCUUCGACGGCACUUCUGGUCUAUUUAGGGUUUAGGUUUCAGCCGCAUAAGGGUUUUCUUCGCAAUCAACAUUCUUACUACCUACGGCGAUCAAAAACUCUCUUUCUUCUUCUAAUGGAUGCGAAUUUGGCUGAAGUAUUGCAAAGUAUGUCUCUGGGAGAGGAUAAGUCGAUCAUCAUUCCUGAUGAUGACGACUUUUGUGCUAUGGAAAGAGGAGGAAGAAGCAUCCUUGGUAGGCUUUUGAACCCGGAGUGUCAGAAUAUGGGGAGGAUGCUCAAAACGAUGCCAAAGAUUUGGAAAGUUUAUGAACGUGUGAGGGGCAUCGCUUUGACUAAGGAAAGGUUUCAAUUCAUAUUUGACUUGGAAACUGAUAUCCAGAUGGUUCUUAAGCAAGGUUUUUGGACUUAUGAUGAUUGGGGGAUGGCAAUGGAGCAGUGGGUUGAGAACCCUCCACCGAAUUAUCUACAGACUGCGGCGAUUUGGGUGAGGCUUCAUAAUCUCCCGGUGAACUAUUUUACAUUGAAGACCAUUGAUGUUGUUGCUGAUGGCAUUGGACAUGUCAAGGUCAUUGAAUUUGAUCCAGAGAAGCCUUUGUUACACGAUUAUGUGCGAGUCCAAGUAGUGUUGGAUCUCAAUCAGCUUAUAAGGGACAAGAAAUCUGUGACGCUACCAAAGGGUAGGGUGGAAUAUGUGGAUGUGGAGUAUGAGAGAAUCAGGAAGAAAUGCUAUCACUGUUUGCGGUUGUCUCAUGAAAAGCAAAAGUGCCCUUUACUACAAGGUUCUCGUGAUAAAGGGAAAGGAGUGAUGAUGCGUCAUAACACAACAGAACAUCAUGCACCAGAAGCGCGCCAGCACCAUGUUAAUCUCGUUGACAAAAUCAUGCCUUUCCUAGCACCGGUAAUACCUCCGGGUUUUGAGCCUUCACCCUCAGUAGUGGCGCCUGAAGUCUUUGAACAGAUGCGGAUAUAUAUGAACUGUGCUGAUCCUGAAGAGAGAAGAAUCAGAGAAUCAAGGAUGAGAAUGACUCUACAAGAUUUGUCUAACGAUCCCAUUGGUCAAAGAUCUUCUUUACGGUUGGAGAGAGCACAUGUGCUUUCGAAGGAAGUGAACACAGAUAGAGGCAGGGUGUUUGAUUUUAGCAGAGUUCAAUCUGAGGUUGCACCGGACAUCUCAGAAUCAUCUUCCCAUGGUCCUCUACGAUAA